UAGGAAGGACAAAGAAAAUACUACUCUAACUAGAGUACAUUCUAGACUUGAGUUGGAGGCCCCAACAAAUGCCCCAAUUGGUCCACGACCAAAAGGAGGAAUCUAAACUCGACGUCAAGCGUAUCAAAUGAUUGUGUCACUUCUCUCCUCUUCGAUCGUCGUCCCCAGGCACCACUAUUCAGCUUCCUACUUCUCAGUUCUCACUCCCCUCCAAAAUUCUUCAAUUUGCUUCUGAAUUCUCUUUCCCUGUUCCAUAGGAUAGGAGAAUUCGUUGAACUGGGUUGAGAGAUAUGAGCUUCCAAGAUCUCGAAGCGGGUCGUCCUAUGAGUUCCAGGCGAGACCCCACCCAAGACGCGUCGCAAGCCGUUGCCUCGGGGAUUUUUCAGAUCAACACGGCUGUCUCCACAUUUCAGAGGCUCGUCAAUACCCUCGGGACCCCCAAGGACACGCCCGAGCUCCGCGAGAAGCUGCACAAGACAAGGUUACAUAUUGGCCAAGUGGUUAAGGAUACUUCAGCUAAACUUAAGCAAGCUAGUGAAACUGAUCAUCGGACUGAAGUCAGUGCCAGCAAGAAGAUUACGGAUGCUAAACUUGCAAAAGAUUUCCAAGCAGUUUUGAAAGAGUUUCAGAAGGCACAAAGGCUUGCAGCUGAAAGGGAGACAGCAUAUGCUCCUUUGGUUCCCCAAGCAGUUCUUCCAUCAAGCUAUACAGCCAGUGAGAUUGCCGUAAGUUCAGAUAAGAGUCCAGAACAACGUGCUCUUCUUGUUGAAUCUAGAAGACAAGAGGUUUUGCUGCUGGACAAUGAGGUUGCCUUCAACGAGGUUAUCAUUGAUGAAAGAGAGCAGGGAAUUCACGAAAUCCAGCAGCAAAUUGGGGAAGUGAAUGAGAUUUUUAAAGACCUUGCUGUGCUUGUCCAUGAACAAGGGACUGUGAUUGAUGACAUUGGAGCCAAUAUUGAAGGCUCUCAUGCUGCAACUGCACAGGGGAAAUCCCAACUUAACCAAGCAGCGAAGACCCAAAAAUCAAACUCGUCUCUGACCUGCUUGCUGUUGGUAAUAUUUGGCAUCGUGAUUCUUAUUGUGGUCAUAGUACUUGUGGCAUGAUCGGUUGCAACGGAUUGCAUGACGGACAAGCCAAGCGUUGAUCUAGCUCAAUCUGCCGUUAACGGUGACCAUGGAUUCUACCCCAGAAACAAGAUGGGAUCUCUUGGCUGGUAAUUUUUGGUUCAUGUCAUGUGACCAAAGCGCAUGCUCGGUGUCAUUGCUAACUUAUGUGUCUCUACUUGGAGUCCAAAUUAAUCAGAGUUUUCUAUAGUUGGCUGCUUUUUUACAGUGUGCUGGGAUCCGGUCUGUGUUUGGUUCUGUAAAUUUGUCGCUUGGGUUUUGUGGGCGUGGCACUUGUUCUUGUACCUCAUUCAAUUAUUGUUUGUUCCCGACCAAGAAAAAGUUAAAUAAAUGUAUGUUAUUUUUUGGCAAAAA